AUGAGGAAAUUAUUAGGAAUCACGGAUAUAGUAAGGAAGUUCCUUAGAAUUCAGAUUGAAAAUGGGCUGUCAACUUCAUUCUGGCAGGACCCAUGGACAAUCUACGGUUCUCUGCUUCGAUAUGUGGGACUCACUGGUCCCCGUAGCUUGCGGAUACCCUUAUCCUCCUCGGUUAGCCAAGCAGUUGCAGGUGACUCUUGGCUUUUCCCAGGUGUACGACUAGAUAGACUACAACAGGUCUUGGCACACAUCUCCACCAUCCCGCCCCCUUCACCCGAUGGCCCUUCCGACAGUGCGUUAUGGAAAUACAAAGAAGAAGAUUUCAGGCCCUAUUUCUCCUCAUCAAGGACGUGGAACUUAACCAGGACGGUACAUGUUAUCGCUCCUUGGAGUUCCAUUGUCUGGUUCCCCUUGGCCAUACCGAGGCAUGCUUUCCUUCACUGGCAGGUUAUGUUGUCCCGACUGCCGACGAAAGACCGUCUUCAGCAAUGGGGAAUCACGUCAGAUGCAACAUGUAGGUUGUGCGAUGGGGAGGAUGAAUCCCAUCAGCAUUUGUUCUUCGGCUGCACCUAUGCUUCCCACCUUUGGCGCCACUUUGGGGAAGUUUGUUGGGCAGACCCACCAAGCGAUUUGGUGGGGAUUCUGGCGUGGCUCAGCAGACCGGACCAUGCUGCCUCGAGAAACAGAAGAAAGAUUGUCAAGCGUCUCUUUGCUAGCUGA